AUGCGUGACAUCCUUCUCCACCAUCGCACCAACUCGAAGAAGUUGGCGCUCUCGGUUGCUCGCUUCUUUCUAUCACGGAAGAAUUAUUUCCGGAAGAACCAAGGUCUUCUCCUAGAAACAUUGAUAUCAUCUGAUGAAACCGCAAAUGAGAAUACUAAGAUUUUCUUGCUAGAAGAGCUGGAGAAGGCAACAAACAACUUUAAUCCUACACGUAUUAUCGGCCGUGGGGGCCAUGGCAUGGUUUACAAAAGCAUAUUAUCUGAUCAGCGUGUCAUUGCAAUAAAAAAGUCUAAGACCAUUGUGCAGUGUGAGAUCAGUCAAUUCAUCAAUGAAGUCGCAGUCCUCUCUCAGAUAAAUCACAGAAAUAUCGUGAAGCUCUUUGGAUGUUGUCUCGAAACCGAGGUUCCACUGUUGGUGUAUGACUAUGUAUCCAGUGGCUCACUGUCUCAGGUUAUUCAUGCCGAUUCAAGCAUCGGCCUUUCUUGGUCUUGGGGUGAUUACUUAAGGAUUGCCGUAGAAACAGCAGGGGCUCUAUCUUAUCUCCACUCUUCAGCUUCGAUAUCAAUCUUCCAUCGUGAUGUGAAGUCCUCAAAUAUACUCUUAGAUGUGAACUACACAGCCAAAGUUUCAGAUUUUGGCGCGUCCAGAUUGGUUCCGAUUGAUCAGACACACAUUGUCACGAAUGUGCAAGGUACAUCUGGGUACUUAGAUCCAGAGUAUUUCCAUACCAGGCAGCUGAACGGGAAGAGCGACGUCUACAGUUUUGGUGUGGUACUAGUGGAGUUGCUUCUCAGAAAGAAGCCUGUUUUUACAAGUGAAUCAGGCACCAUCAAGGGCUUGUCAAGCUAUUUUCUCCAGGAGUUCAGUGAGGGGAGAAUCACAGGUAUUGUUAGUUCCCAGGUCCUAGAGGAGGCAACUGAGGAAGAGAUCAACGGUGUCGCCUCUCUUGCAGAGCGGUGCUUAAGUCUGCGUGGUGAAGAAAGACCCACCAUGAAACAGGUGGAGACGGAACUGCAGACUCUACGGACAAAACGGAUGAACUCAUCUCAGCCUGAUCCGAGAAAUGGAGAACAGAUGCAAGCAAGGCCGUUGACUCGAAGGAGUAGAUCUUCUCGGCAAUCGUCCGUAUGGCCAGGAGGUAGCCAACGACGCUAUAGCUUGGAAGCAGAGUUCUUGUCAUCUGCUAGCCUACCACGUUAG